AUGAACAGUAAAAAUUGGAAUGACAGAGCUGACAAAGACUUGUUCUUUACUAUUCUCUCCGUCAAAAACAUUGGCGUCAUAAGCGGCUCAGAAUGGACCACCAUUGGUAACCAUAUGAGAAGUCUGGGCUAUGGCUUCACCAAUGAAGGCUGCCGUCAACAUUUUCAGGGGCUUCGCAGAGCUCAGAAUAAGGCAGAGACAGCGGGACCUAACGGCGACAUUGUACGUAGGAAUGAUCCGACAAUGAAUCCGAUCACCCGUCGUCCCGGCCCUGGAAGAGGUCGGCCUAGGAAACAGCCUCCUGUUCCUGUUCCAGGAGCUGGAGAAAUCCCUACCGAUCAGCCUAUGCCAGUUGGUAUCGUUCCUGGGUCCAACCCCGUACCUCCUUACCCCCAUCCUCAUCCCCAGACAGUCCAAUCUUAUGGUGUUCCUCCUGGCAAUCAUCAAGAUGACGCUCAUCUACCAGCUCAUCCUGCUGCACAGCCUGGCAACAUCUCUCCCGCGAUUCCUACUCAACAAGCUCCUCCCCCCAGCAACGUACCUCAUGUUCAGGGUCCGAUAACUUACCCAAGUCCCCCCCGUGCCCCUGACACUCCUCAGGCGCCUGCCCAUCUUCAUCCCCUUCAGCAUGCACAAUCCGGUCAACCUGGCCAACAGCCUCAGCCCGAACAGCAACCUCCCCUUGACCAACAGCUCCAGUCAGAGUUUCAACCUCAACCAGAUCAACAAGACGAACCCGAACAGGUUUCACAGCCAACUGCACAGCCUCAGCCAGAGCAGGAAAACUCAACUGAAUACCAAUCCCAGGAUGUUUCCCAGGAAGCACCUCGGGAGGCUCGUGAAGCAACCGAUGCAAGUGCUGCAUCUCAACAUGCACCAGUUGGACAGAACGACGCGGACUCUCAUGCUGCUUUGACCUCGGAGCCACUGCAACAUCCCAACGAGGAUAUCGAUGCUGAUGGCGACGCCGAUGCUGACGGCGAAGCGGAUAUCGAGAAUGAUGAGCCGGCCGCUAAGCGGCCACGGUUAAGUUCGCCUGAACCCCCUAAGGAUAACGAUAUGGAUGAUGAAGCUGUCUUGGCCCUGGCGGCUCAUAAUGGGUCGACAGACUUUGCUUCCGAGUAA